AUGACCGACCAACUCAUUGCCGUCGAUCCGGACCUAUAUGAAAAUGAUGACAACUCCUACCCAGAUGAUUGGCAGUCGGAAACCACUUCCAUCGGCUCUUCAAUCUAUCGUGGGCUGCUAGAAAAUGGUCGUCGGUAUCAAUCGCUUCGUAGUGAGGAAUACAUGUACGCAUCUGCAAAUUCAGCGCCCAUCACCCACCUCCUCUCUUCCUUUCUUUCUUUGCUUUCGGUCCCUGACAAAGAAUCUUGCAGCCUACCAUCCGACGAUCAAAUGUUCGAGACCUACGAGGCUGGCCACUUACUCACCCUCGUCCUCGACUCGGAGAGGGAUAACCCUCUCUUUCGGUCGCCUAUCGUCAAAAAUCCGAAGCACAUUCUCGAUCUUGGCACUGGCAAAGGUGUCUGGGCCGUCGAUGUAGCCGACAUGUUUCCAGACGCAACCGUUCGCGGAGUCGAUCUUUUCCCACCGCCUGUUGCGUGGAUGCCCCCUAACUGCGUUCUGGAAGUUGACGAUGCUCUACAGCCCUGGACUUGGCGUGAACCAUUUGAUCUGAUCUACAUGCGAAUCAUGAUUGGCUCCUUCAGCGAUUCGGAAUGGGAUCAGAUUUACAAGCGGUGCUACGACAACCUGCGUCCCGGUGCUUGGAUUGAGCAGGUAGAGGCUAGUCCCGUCAUUACAACUGACGAUGGGAGCAUCCCUGAGGGCAGCAUCCUUCAUUCAUGGGGUAUCAACACCAGGGAGGCUGCGAAGAAGAGUGGUCGCGAUCUGGAUGCCAUUGACAAAAUGACCGACUCAAUUCGCAAGGCUGGAUUUGUCGAUAUUCAGGAGAAGGAUUACAAAUGGCCCAUUGGGCCCUGGCCACGCGACAAGAAAUACAAGGAGGCUGGCACCGUGAACGCUCAGCAUUGGCUUUCCGGUAUGGAGGGCUGGUGCAUGUGGCUCCUCACCAAGUUUGGAUCGCCCGCCCCGUGGACCAAGGAAGAAGUUCAGGUCUAUGUGGCCAAUAUGCGCAAAGAGCUCAGGAUGCCCCGCUAUCAUGCCUACCAGCGCGCACGACGAGUCUGGGCUCGCAAGCCCUUGCCAAACGAGUCGACGGGAAGGAGGAAAGAAACGGGGAAGGAAUAG